AUGGUUCCGCAUUACUCUUUCAGUUACUGGAAACCGUAUUCAUGCAAACCUGAUGAGAUCACACAGGCUCCCAUACCAGAUUAUUAUCAUCUUCAUCGUCUUCUGAAGGCCAGCUAUGGUAUAAAUCAAGCGGGAUUUGAAGAGCUGACUGGUUACGAUGAUUGUAAUUACCGCUUGACUAACAUCCUCUGGGAAACGGGCAUCGGUCCCGCUGAAGCCAUUCUGAAAGUGUCGAAAUUCCUCCCUGAAAGCGAAAAUGUGAUCAGAACAUCGAAUAAAAUCUGUAAGAUUCUCAGCGAGAAAGGAAUCCCUAGCCCAAAAAUCCUCAAGCGGUUGGAUGGGCUACACCUGCCCGUGCGUUUGUUUGAGAUUCUUCCUGGUUUGAACCUCGAGAACUUCCCUUACGACCGUGAGGUUACCGAAGACCUUGGAGAACUCCUGGCGAAAUUUCAUGUUAUCGCUGAUGAAUCGAAGUUGUCAGUUGCUUAUGUACCGUACAUUGCUAUUGAGCAUAGGCGAGGUAUUCUGAAGGAGAUGGAACUGCUCUUGGAGCGGUCAGUAAUAUCGAAGGAGAGGGCAAAGCUUAUAGCUGAUUGUCUGGCGGAGUUCGAUGAACGAAUCGCAAACCACCGCGAAUUGCAUGAGAUAGGUCGGUUAUCGCUAGAAAUUACUUUUGUUUUGCUUUUCUGA